AAAAAUAACAAUUCAGGUAAAUUUCUCACGUAUCUUGCAAAUUAAUCCUAUCUUCUCAUUGGAUCUGAUCUGAUCUAAUUGUUCUUCCUUUGUGUUUUCAUUUUCAAUGCCAAUCCGACGCCAUUUUGAUCUCCGUAUAAUUCAGUUCUUUAAGGUUUUGCCUCUCCUUUUUUUUCAUUUCAUCUUCUCGAUUUGUACGUGGAAUUUGGAACUGGAAUCCGAUCCCAAUGUGCAAUUGUGUAUGUUUUCUAUGCCUCCACCAUGCAUCAACUUGAUAUACAGCAGAUCCCUUCUUCGAUACCCUCAUGUUUUUAUUCAGAUCUCUUCUUUGCCUUUCUUAAUUUCUUAUACUCUUCGUUUUCCUUUCUGAUUUAUGUAGGUUUAAACGACCUUCAAACCUAAGCUAGUUCAUUCAAUAAUGGGAGCAGUUGAUGUUACAAACAAGGAUUUCACUACUAGCUUGGCCGACAAAAAGCCUAAAGUUGUUUUUGUUUUGGGUGGCCCUGGCAGUGGAAAAGGUACUCAAUGUGCAAAUAUAGUGGAACACUUUCAUUACACCCAUCUCAGUGCUGGAGAUCUCCUCCGAGCUGAAAUUAAGUCUGGUUCUGAGAAUGGAACCAUGAUUCAAAACAUGAUCAAAGAAGGAAAGAUUGUUCCUUCUGAGGUCACAAUUAAGCUUCUCCAAAAAGCAAUGCUGGAAAGUGGUAAUGACAAGUUCCUUAUUGAUGGUUUUCCUCGUAAUGAGGAAAAUCGUGCAGCAUUUGAAGCUGUUACAAAAAUUGAGCCUGAAUUUGUACUGUUUUUCAAUUGCCCUGAAGAAGAAAUGGAGAGGCGUCUUCUGUGUAGAAACCAGGGAAGAGAAGAUGAUAAUAUUGAAACAAUAAGGAAGCGAUUCAAGGUGUUUCUUAAGUCCAGCCUUCCUGUAAUUGAGUACUAUAAGGCAAAGGGGAAAGUCCAAGAGAUUGAUGCUGCAAAGCCCAUUGGAGAGGUGUUUGAGGUGGUUAAAGUCAUCUUCACCCCAAAAGCUGAAAAGGUCACUGCCUAGGCAUGCUUUGCAAUUCUAUCAGUGAUAAAUUAGCAUAUUCAUUUGAGGUGAUAUAUGUUACAGUGUGCUGCACAUUACUGUAUUCUAAUAACUUGGAAUGUUUUUUGUAUCACAUGGUAUUUGGUUUAUAAUUACAUGAGAUGAGAUGAUGAAGUUCAUUUAUAUUCUUAUUAUGGUAUUUCUGAUGAGCACAAUAAAUCUGAAAGUUUCCAGUUGUU